AUGGACAAAAAUGAAAUAUGUGAUAGAUCCACCAUCCACAUUAACAACGAUGACAAAACUUCUGCUAAAGGUGAUUGUGAAAUUCCAGCAGACUUGGAUAUGAAUCUUAUUUACAAUCCCCAAUAUUCAGUCACUGAACUAACCUCCACCAAACAAAAUGCUAAACCACGGCCACUCAAUAAAAACCCACCUAGGCCGCCAAACUCCUUCUUUUUAAUGAAAAAUUGCUACAUGCUCGAAUUGCGGAAAUUGGGGUACAGAUUCACCAUGCCAAAAAUUUGUAAGCAAUCAAAAUACAUAUGGGAACGUCUUCCACAACCAGUCAAAGAAAGAUACGACGGGUUGAGUUAUAAAGCACAAAUAAUCCAUCAGAAUCUGUAUCCAAAUUACAAAUUCUCUCCAAAACCAAAAAAUCCCUUCAAAAAUACAUUUCCGCCCGUAGGGACCAAUAAAAAACUUGAAAAAAAUAUCAGCAUAUUUAGCAUAAACUUUUGUCAUGAGCCACCAAUCCUUUCACCUCCUUUAACACCACCUCCACCUUCCUAUAAUUACUCUGCACCUGCAAUGAAUUAUUCCAGUUAUGCUAUUGACAACAACUAUAAUGAUAAUAGCAUAACCAACCAAUCAAUUUCUAAUGAUAACAAUUGUCAUCAUAAUGAAAUUUAUUAUCCACAUUACGAAAGUUAUGGAAUUCGUAAUAAUCAUAAUAAUGACAACUUUUACCAACGGUAUAUCGAAGGAAUUCAAAAUAACAUUUUGCAUUAA